AUGAAGGAGGAUGCAAAGAGAACUAGCAAAAUGAUAAUGAUAAAGACCGUGCUGUUCAAGUAUAUUCUUGGAUCCCCGGUUGUAAGAGUCAUGAUUCUUCCCAUCAUAGUAGCACUGGUGGCCGCUGGAUAUGGGGAGAUAUUCAUCACACAGAUCCUAAAUGACAUCCAAGAAAAGGCCGAUAAUAAGGAGGCGGUGAAUGAAAAGAUCGGGACAUAUCUAAUUGUUGCACUUUCUUCGUAUGUGCUUGGGCUAGUAUCCUUGUUUACAAUGUCCAGCUAUGUAGAAACCAUAUGCAGAGAUUACAUUAUAGAUCUAUAUAAAGAGCACAUUUGCAUGUCGUUCCUAGACUUCAAGAAAAUAGGUAUUGGAGACAUGAUAUCGUUCAUGAAUAGAAAGGUUUCAUCCCUGCGAUGGAUUCUGGAGUCUACUAUAAAGUGUUUUAUCAUGAGCUUCUGCUGCAUUCUAAUAACGGUGAUUAAGAUCCGAAGUGGGGUUGAAAGCUACUAUGGGCUGCUUAUGGGGGGCGUCGUGAUUGCAUAUGGGGUGUGUGUGAUCAUCAUAAAUCAUUAUAGAAACAUUAUCAGGUUGAAGAUGAACAGAGAGAUUGACAUGACGGAGAGGAAGAGGUACAACAGCAUACUGAACUACGACAUUAUAAAGUCAUACAACAACGAGGAGUUUGAGGCAGAUGAGCUAUACAGGCGCAUGAAUGCAGAAACGAGGUACGGAAAGAUGUAUUGGAGCUGGCUGCAGGCCGGGAACUUUAUUGGAGAAAACAUAUUUAUGAUGGCGAUGUUUAUCAUGACUGUGCAAUUUUCGAGUAGGGGGGAGGGUAGUGUUGGCUUCAAGGAUUAUACCUUAAUAUUCUCAUUGAGCAACCAGCUUCGAAUGUAUUGUGUUGACAUAAGCAACAGCUUUGUGAUGAUACUACUGAAUCUAACAAAUAUAUCACAAAACAGAGCUGAGGCCAUCAAACUGGACACGGAGAAGCUUGGCUAUUACAAGAAAGACUUUGAAAAUGAAAUCAAAAUCGAGGGUUUGGAAAUAUCGAUUGGGGACAUAAAGCUGUUAAAGAAUGUAAACAUGAGGAUAAAGAAGGGGGAGAAGAUAGGGAUAUCUGGAGACAAUGGGGGAGGAAAGACCUCAUUUGCUAGGGCCCUCCUUGGAUUUCUUGAGUACGACGGAAGUAUUCUUGUUGACGAUGUAGAGCUUAACACACUGAGCAGAGAAGGCCUGAGGAGCAUGAUAUCAUACUCUCCCCAGGAGUCACAGCUGUUUAACAAGUCGAUUAUCAGCAACAUAAAGGAUGGGAACGAGUAUCUUAGUGACGAGGAGAUUGUUGAAUACUGCAAAAGAUAUGGAAUGGAUGAUGUGUUUAGAAGUCUUAGCGACGGAUACCAAACGAUUGUUGGAAACGGGGGGAACAGACUAAGCGGAGGACAGAGGCAAAAGGUUAGCCUGAUGAGGACUGUUGUUAAGGAUGCACCCAUAUACAUUUUCGACCAAGUGACCUCGCAUUUGGACAAAGAAUCUGAAAAUGCCAUAGUUGACAUGAUUAUGAAGCAUCUUUCGGACAAAACUGUUAUAAUGAUAAUGCAGAACUCAGGACUGCUGAGCAGGUUUGACCGGGUGUACUAUUUCUCGAAUGGUAUGUUAUCUAAUUAA